GAGAAAGAAAGGAAGAACCCAGCCGUCCAUCUCUCUUCCCUGGUUUCUUGGAGAUCUGGUUAGCUUGGCCACGCGGGAUCCUGGGGGGAUUUUUACAACCAGACUGGGAUCUAUGAGCGGGAAGGGGAUCAAGCCCAAGGAAGAAAAAGAUGCUUCGAAAGUUAUGGAUGACGCCUGUCCUGGCACACAGGAAUAUAUUAUGUUACGGCAAGAUUCCAUCCAAUCUACGGAGCUAAAGAAAGGACAGUCCCCUUUCCGAACUAAAUGCCAUGAAAUCUUCUGUUGUCCUCUGAAGCAAGUCCACCUCAAAGAAAAUACAGAACCCGAAGAACCCCAGCUGAAAGGCAUUGUAACAAAACUUUACAGCCGGCAAGGAUAUCAUUUGCAGUUGCAAGCAGAUGGAACCAUUGAUGGAACCAAAGAGGAAGAGAGUACCUACACCUUGUUUAACCUCAUACCCGUGGGCUUACGAGUGGUGGCUAUCCAAGGUGUUCAGACAAAACUGUACUUAGCAAUGAACAGUGAAGGCUACUUGUAUACAUCAGAACAUUUCACGCCGGAAUGCAAGUUCAAAGAAUCCGUUUUUGAGAAUUAUUACGUCACUUACUCUUCCAUGAUCUACAGGCAGCUGCAGUCAGGAAGAGGCUGGUAUUUGGGUCUUAACAAAGAAGGAGAGGUCAUGAAAGGAAACCAUGUUAAGAAAAACAAACCGGCUGCACAUUUCCUCCCCAAACCACUAAAAGUGGCCAUGUACAAAGAGCCCUCCCUUCAUGAUCUUACUGAGUUUUCACGGUCCGGCAGCGGAACCCCAACGAAGAGCAGAAGUGUCUCUGGAGCAUUAAAUGGUGGGAAAUCCAUGAGCCAGAAUGAAUCAACGUAGCCGGGAUUGAGAAGCUAGAGGAGAGAUGGCGCAUCAGUGAAACCUUACCUCGAGACUUGCUGUGGAACCCUUAUUUUGCACCCACCAUUCAACUGUUUCCGACAAGCCAACAAACUGGGAUAGGUCAUUUGGCCUUUUAUCAGCUACUGUGGACUUUCUGGAUGUCCCCAAACAACAAUAAAUGAUUCGCGUCAAAGGAAAGAUCCCCAAUGAUGUAGAACAGGCUUGUGCAAACUUGUGGCCUAGCCAGACAAACUUUAAGUGGUGGCAUAACAUUGCAGAGGCACAAUCCACCCCACCCACCUUCUCGUUUACUUCUUACCCUCACCUAGGCGCUGUGAAAAAACACAAAAUUUCAGAACCUGUUUUUGCUUUCCAACCAAGAGAGAAAUCCAGUCAAAUAUCCCUUUUUUUUUCUUUGCUCUUUGAGGGAAAUUUAAAUGUUUAGUGUUUUAUAUAUAACAUUGUUUGGGGUGGGGGGAAGGGAGAAAAAAGAAUCUGUAUGCCCUCUGCUUUUUUUUUUUUUCCCCCAGCUUACCAUUUUCUAUAUCAUAAGGCUUGGUAAGGAAAACAAAUCCGAAUAUAUGCUUUUAAUCUGGAACAGCAUCACCUUUUUCGAUCUCUUAACCUGAAUGGGUCUUCAGAGCUGUGUCUUUACGAGCAAAGCAAAAUCAUGCUACUAUAAUAGUGUAAUCCUGAGGAUAAAUAAAUAAAUAAAUCAGGUUUGGAGCUGGAUCUCAGUGGAUCUCAGGCUCCAGCAAAAAAGUGUUCUUGUGAUUUUAACACACUGAGAUAUAUAUACAGUUUUUUAUAGAUUUGUAGUCAUCCUUUCAAAGUCCUUGUGCUAACCCCAGUCUGUAGGAACCAAGGUGUUGUGUUAAUCCCCAGUCUGUUCAAAAUACUUAUUUUUAAAAAACAGGGUGAAUCAAAUUAUUCCCACAAUGUAGACCUCCCCCCCACUUUUCCCUCCACUCUUCUCUUAAUUAUAUUUUGUGUAUCAUAUUUAAAAACAAAAGCUAAACCUGUUGACAUACCUUCUUUUUUCUAAAGACAGAAACUGUGGAACUAAAGUAACUUAACUAAUGUUUUUAUAAGGGAAACCAUUGCAUCUUCUUUGUAAGCAUCUUUCCUUUAUUUCCCUGAAAUUUGGGUGGAGAGUUAACAUCAGAGCCAACAACAUGGAAAGAAUCAACAUAGAAAGGGGAUGCAAUCCAGCCUGUUCAAGUCACUGGAGCUGAAGGAAGUGAGAUGGUGGGGAAUCUGUUGUGGUCUUUCCUUGAGGAAGGAGAAUUAAGAAAAGAAAGGGCUGGGGGAUUUCAUAGAUCCUGAUAUGGGGUAGAUCUGGCUGGAAAGGGAAAACGUACAAGCAUCAUCCCAUGGAAUCUUUCUGAAUACUUUUUUCUCUUGCAAGAGGCUGGAAUUGUGUCAUUCCUUCUCUGUUUUUUAAAGCAAACAGAAGUAAUGCAGCUGGGGGAGGGAGAGAAAGUUAAGUUUCUGUUUAGUUCAUCAUAUCUCUUGCAUGAGAGGAAGUUGGAUACUGGCUUCAGAAGUUGCAUGACCUGUUUAAGAUUUUGUGCAUUGCUCUCUGUCAAAGAUAAUGUACAAAGCAGACUUGGGCCAGAAUGAGCUGUUUCCUGUCGCUUUGUACAAAGGAGAUGUUUAUUAUUUGUUGUAUACAACCAUGCACUGAAUAAACUAAUUUAUAUU